CCGUGCCUUCCCAUUGUAUUGUCACCAAGACGGGUCCACAAUAUUGAUGUAACAUUUGCAUGAUCCGACUGAAAAGUUCUCAAACUCAGGCCCAAGAAGUAUUCUGUCAUCUAUGGUGUCGAUCCUGGCUUCGUGCAGUUAAUCAUGUCCGAGACGUUUUUACUGAACUGCUUCGGCGUAGCAGUAUUAACUGUCUUGGUCUAUCAUGCUCUUACAACUAUGGACAAAGAGGUUAAGUACUUUUGGAGCAACCCAUGCAGUUCUACAAGCUUGAUUUACUUUUCAAAUCGCUACAUUGGAGUUGUUGGGUCAACCUCGACCAUGCUCUAUUAUCGUGAUAAUCAAGACUCUUUGAGGUGCCGAGCAACUUUAUGGGCUAGUCAAAUAUGCAGCUUGAGUGCAAUUCUGUUUGUAGAUUGUCCCAUUACCAUAUUGAUGAUAAUCGCAGCAUAUACUGUAACUAUUUGCAGAUAUUCUUCAAAUUCGAGUAUUAGCUCUUUAUUAUCAGAACAAGAAGCUCUCAGUCUACCUCAAGGCCUUAUUUGCCACAGAGGCGGCACUUGGACUUAGCCUUCUUAUUUAUAUAACAUGGUAUCAAGACACUUCAGCAGUGAAUUUUGCACAGAAUGCUACAACCUGCUUUAGUUACGAACCUCCGAAAGCUCUGGACAUCAUCUCAUGGACCGUUCCUUUAACAUUUGGAAUGAUCUUACUGUGUCUAUCUCUUUUCAAGAGUGCAGAGUAUUGGAAAAUGUCAUCCAGAUUUAAAGGAUUCCAUCUUGUUAGGGUGCUUAUUCAGGACCAGGUCUUAUAUUUCAGUUUUGUAAUAUUUUGCUGUACAAUGCAGCUACUAUCAAUCAAAUUUAUGGAUGACAGCCCCUUCGCUUCUGUUCUCCUGGGUGUGGCUGGAAGCCCGAGCCUUCUCAGUGUCCUCGGAAGCCAUCUUCUUGUCAAUCUGAAGGAGGCAGGCGAGCUGGGAGUGAACGAGGGAACCAAUUACAGAUCAGGAACAAUAAGCGGCAUUGAAUUCG